UGCCAAUACAGUGGAGAGGUGGAGAAGAAAGAGGGCCAGACCGGUCUAGCGAAUGAGAAAAUCGAGAAGUGGGGAGUCCGACGGUGAAUUUUACGUCAAGCUUGAGAUGUGGGCGUGAAGCAGGGAGAUAGAAAAAAACACACACACGAGGCAUUACCACCUUCUCUUAACGGGGUGCACCAUUUCACUUCUCUGCGCCUCGCCGACAGCGGGAAAAACCCAGAGUUUCUGAAGAUCUGCAAGAACUAAACAGCGAUGUUCAGCGCGCAGACUUCACAAUCUUUUCCCCUCACAACUAUCUAAAAUUGUAUAUACUCCAAUGGUUUUUCUGGACGUAGGAUGGGAUUAACUUUGUCUGGAAGAUAUAUUUCAUUGUUUCUUGCUGUUCAAAUAGCCUAUCUGCUGCAGGCAGUUCGAGCGGCUGGGAAAUGUGAAACAGUGUUCAAAGGUUUCUCCGACUGCCUGCUUCAUCUAGGAGACAACAUGGCCAACUAUCCACAGGAGCUGGACGAGCAGGAAAACCUUAAGACCAUCUGCACUUACUGGGAUGAUUUCCACUCAUGCGCGACCACUGCUCUGGCAGACUGUCAGGAAGGAGCCACAGAUCUGUGGGAGAAGCUGAAAAAAGAGUCCAGAAGCCUGGAGUUUCGCGGCAGCUUGUUUGAACUGUGUGCGGGAGGGAACGGCGCGAGCAGAUCUGCGGUUCCGUUCUGCGUGACGCUCAUCCUGAGCGCGCUCUCGGCGCUCGUCACGUGGAUGCAGUUUUAACCCACGGGAACGAAGAGAGGGCGAAAAAACAAGAAUAAGAUUAAGAAGAAGAAGAGAGAGGAAGACACAAGACAAACCAUCAACACAAGAAUAAAAGAAGAAGAAGAAUUAAUGACGAUCAAAAUUCAUCCUCACCCAAAUGGAUUUAUAUGCUUAUUUCAUCUGGAGAACAAGACGUUUUUUUGGCAAGAGACAAUGGCAAGAAGAAGUCUUCUGGGAAUGCUCAAGCACAUUUGCCUGACUCUGGGUCGAUUACAUGAAAUAUUUAUCAGAUAUUGAGUUUCGGCCUGAAUUUCUGAAAGCGUAGUAUUUUAUAACAUUAUCGUCUGUUAUGAAUGAAUUAUUAUUAUUACAGUAGGCUUUUCACAUUCUCAACGGCCAUCAUAUAGAAAGAUCUUUUAGGAAUAUUCUCUCAUCUGUUUGUUUUAUAUGCUCUUUGUCAAUAUUUAGUUUACAUUUAUCAAAUUUAUUUUAGUCAAGCCAAGUAUAUGGAUGUGUUGAUGGCUGGGGUAAGAUGAACCACCAAUUCAGAAAAAUAGGGAGCUAUAAAUAAUAAUAAUAAUAUUAAUAAAUAAACCUCAGGAAUGACUACAGGCAUAUAUUUACCAGAGAAAUGAUAUAUUUAAAAGAUUUAUUAAAGAACAAAUAAGUGUCAAAUGUAGCCAUGAAAAGGCUGUGAGGUGAGUUGACUGUUGCCGUUCCCCUCCAAAAAUGUAUUUUAUUCCAUUCAAAGAAUAUUUGUCUCUUUUUAUGUAGGACACAUAGUAGUAUAAAGGCGACACUUACAGUGUCCAUGUUGCAUAUAACAGUGUGUAACAAACAAGCAGCUCCAGAAAAUAAGUAGCCUACUACUACUACAGUACAUCAAGAACACGUGGUUCAUAUAGCCAAUGACGCAGUAAUUACACUAGGCCUGUUAUUUCUCCCGACAGUAUCGUAGCACGAAAAUAUCUGGACCUUGACAUUAAUAGGUGGAUGAAGUGAAUUUUGCUAGCUUUAUUUGAUGUUGCCAAGGCAUAGACCACGUUUCACUGCCUUCAGAAGAUGUUUGUUCGUUGUUUGUUCGUUUAUGGGGAUGUUGCAUAUGAAAUACCUGAAUAUUCAAAACCAUACAAGAAAAUAAGAGAUGUAUGUGAAAUGAAAAGAGAGAUACUUUAACAGAAACAGAUUGAUUAUACAGGUAUAUAAAAUAGACUGCUAAAAGAAGUAUUUCAAUAAAAACAGUUACUGUUUGAAAGAGA